UUUGACACAAAGUCAAAAUGCUGUAUAACAUUUUAAGAUAAAUUCACAGUCAAGCCAAAAUGUAACUUGUACACAAAAAUCAAAACAAGAUGACAUCGAACAUGCCUGGCAAGAUGUUCUUAACCAACUUUCUGUUCUGGUAGAUAUCAUUGUGUUACAAAUUACAUCACCACAGACAUGAAAACCGUUACAAGAAGCUGAAGAUUUGGAGAAGCAGGACGCGUCCUUGGGACCUAUACCUGAUGGAAUUUAACUAUUUAGAAAACAUAAGAAAACUAAGGGAAAAGAUUGCACCGUUCAAACGCCAGUUAUGCAAUGAAUCCCGCUGUCCAAAGAUCAGAAAACGUUGGGAAGAACAUCAGCACAAAUGUCACACGGUGAAAUUUAAGAAACUGACGCUGGAGAAUAAGGACCCUAAGCCGUGCAUCAAAAUCACAAAAUUGAAAACUGCAGAUCAACUUGUACAAACAAGUAUCGAUAUGAAAUGCCACGUAGCAACUAACUGUAACAUUUUUCAUGAUGAUAAACAAGCGAUGGCAAAGAUUGCGAGUGAAGUUAUGAACGCUGAAAAUGUUGGUGAAUUUCUGGCGCGUAAUCAGUCCUGCAACACGACGGUAUCCUUUAAAAAUUUCUACAAGGAACGUUUGCAGUAUGAAGUAUUACAAUGGCUGCGCGAGGUGCCUAUCGAAUCCGAAUUUAAUUCGACCGCUAAAAUUGUUACAGAAAAAAUUGUUAAUAAUUUAAUAGAGAAAAUAGACAAGCUGUCUGUUGAAGCUGAUGAAGAUUGGUACGAAGUGAAACUCAAGCGAGAGAUAGAUCAUUGUCUUAACUCUUUACCCAUGUCAUAUCAUAGCACUAAAUGUGCUAAGAUAAGAUAUAUAUUAACAGAAAGCCUUAUUACAAGGAUCAUGGUACUUAAUAGUAAAUAUCUCUAUGAAUCCCCUACAACCUUCCAAGAUGAUCUCGAUGUAAACCAUUAUGCAAGUAAUAAAGACAUAUUCCAAGUACCUAUAGUAAGCAUGUUUGAAAAUGAAAUAUACACUUGGUUGCAGUCAAAGAAUUUGAAAGGCGAAGAAGGGACAACGUUGAAUUUGAAAUAUAUUACAAAGACGCUUUUAAAUCGACUCUUACCAUGUUUAAUGGAUAAAGGAACAAAGAAGAGCAAGUAUUUGAUAAAGGGUGGAAUCGUAGAAGUUUUAGACACGUUACCGUUGACUAUGGCGUUAUUUAAAAACCGAAUAUUCCUUAAUGGUCUCGCAAUGGAGUUGACAAAUAUACUUAUGAAUGCACAAAACAAUUUUGAACAGCUUACAAUUUAUAACAACGCAUAUUUAGGUUUCAGUAAAACUUUAAGUUGCUUAAAUCCCGAGCAUUGUAUGAUUAAUCCAUUAAGACGCGAAUCUGUAGGCAAACAGGUCACACUAAGAAUGUCGAAUACCAGCAAAGUUCGUGCAGUUGGUAAAUCAAGUAGCAAUGGCAUAUAUCAGUCAAAAACAAAUAUAAAUAAGCCGUAUAGAGAAAGUCAUUUCGUUGCUAUGGAACUAAACAUGAGGUCUUUUUCUCAAAUAGAAAGAACAGUCACGAAAGAUCCUACUUUAUCGCGUAUGACACUUAAAAUUCUAAGAGACGUCAAAUCAAGGAAUUCAAUUGUGAGACUGAAGGAUUUUAAGAAAAAUUGCGUACCAAGUCUACUAUCAAUUUCUUUAAGUUCAGUUGAUGAAAAAGAUUACAACUCAUCUUGUUGUUCUUAUUUUGAUAAAAAUCAUAUUAAAUUUCGAACUAGAAACAAAAUAUACGGGCCUAACAUUAGCAUAGAAGAAACUGUUAAUGUUAAAAAGGUAUCAUCUCUAAUUAGGGCCUGGAUUGAAAAGUUACCCAAAAAUUAUGGCAAAUUAAAGAAUCGAAGCGUCAUGGAGGCUAUAAGUGGUGACUUCGCACUGGAAAUAACCAAUCAUAUGUCUGUUCCGUCAAUUGUAGGAAAUAAUUGUGAUAAAGAAACUUAUUUAGGAGAUAUAAUAUCAAAAUGGCUAUCACUACUUGGUUUUGUUAAAACUUCAGAUGAAGCUAUAACAUACAAAAAUGAACUACUAAGUGAAUUGCAAAAUGUUCUGUUAGAAAAACCACGCGAAGUGAACAUCAUACCAGAAGAUGUUGAACCCGACAUGAAUAUGAUUAAUGGAAAAGAAAACAUGGAUAUGUUGAAUGGUGACUUUUUGUCUUACCUAAAUAAACCGUCUACUGAAAUUUGUACGGAUUCAGAUUCCUGUAAGAUGUUAGUCCAUGAUUUUGCUUUUAUAAUUUAUAAUGAAUUAAAUAAUAAACGUUGUAAUAGUAACGUAACAUCCACUUUGAAACGUUGGUUGAAAAAUAUUGUUGAAUCCGAACAAAAUAUUUGCCUACAAUCAUUGUCAAAAGAUUUCAAAAAUGAAAUCAUAAAUUAUUCACCGAGUAACCAAGAUGAUAAAGUGUCGAAUGUUGAGGGAAGUAAUAAUGCAGUUUUUGAAAAUGUCAUGAAGCAGUGCUUAAUGAAUUUUUUUAGCGAACCCAAUUUGAACAAACGUAUAGCUGAGGAUGUGUUUUGGAAUAUUCUUAGCAACGUCUUGGAAAACGUUUACACACAGUAUUCCAAAAUGGAAAAUCAUCAAGUUGAGAAUGAAGAUACGCCGUACGAAAAGUUAAAGACGGAAUUAGAUUAUAUAAUUUUAAUAUCAGAUUGGUUCAAUAAAUUGCCGAAAAAUUCAGUUUUACAUCGUCUAAAUAGUAGACAAAGUAGGAUACUUUUGAUUAAUCUAGCGAAAACUAUAGAAAACAGUAUCAAUAAAAGGGAACUAGCAACAAGACUAGACGAAGAUUUUUACUCCGAGAUAAUUUAUAAUCAAUGUAAUCAAUUUGAACCCCUACGUAAUGUGUCUUUGGAUAAAAGUUUAACAAAACCUUUAGUUGAUGCCUUAGUAAAGUAUGAAAUACAAAAGUUAAAAGAUAAACAGAAUCUUUCAACAGAAAAAGACAUGGAUGUAGGAGUGAAACAAAAAGAAAUUAAAAACGGUAUAAAAAAAGAUUCACAGAAGAAAUAUGUAGCCACAAAUGAUAAAAUGUGUAAAGAAUUUUCAGAUAUAGUUCAAAAAGAAAUAAAUAGUAUAUUUAAUUAUUUUUUUAGUAAUUUCAAUACAAUUUCAACUCAUCGUUUAAUAAUCGUAAUUUAUUUCUGAGUUAAACAGAUUCUU